AUGCUGCGUACCUCUCUCCUCCGCGCAUCCUUCGUCCCGAAGACGCCGACGACAGCCCACCGUGCCGCCUUCUCCUCCGCCGCUGCCAUGGCGCAAAAACUCCGCAUUGGUUACGUUCCGGAGCACUUCUCCACACCGCUCCACUUCGCGCACAAGCACUAUGGACUCCAGGCGGACCUGGUGCCCUUUCCAUCCGGCACCGGCCACAUGAUCCAGUCGCUGCAGGGCAAGGAGAUUGAUGUCGGCAUUGGUCUCACCGAGGGCUGGGUUGCGGGCAUUGGCAAGGCCAUCGCCGACAAGGGCGAUGCGAAUGCUGCGGGCUACAAGCUGGUGGGCACGUACGUUGAGACGCCACUGUGCUGGGCGAUCAGCGCGGGCGCGAAGAAGGACAUUGAUGUAGACGGGCUGCAGGGCAAGAAGAUUGGCGUCAGUCGCAUUGGAAGCGGAUCCUAUGUGAUGGGCUUUGUGCUGGCCGACCAGCAUGGAUGGCUCUCUCAAACUAAGCCGGGCCAGCCGCCCUUUGAAGUCGUCCCCCUCAACACCUUCGCCAAGCUCCGCGAUGCUGUCAAUGACGGCACUGCUGAUUUCUUCAUGUGGGAGCACUUCACCACCAAGCGCUACUACGACAACGGCGAGAUCAAGCGCAUUGGCGAGAUAUAUACGCCGUGGCCCAGCUGGCACAUCGUGGCGCGUGAUCCGACCGACAAGCGCAUGCAGACCAUGAGCGACGCCAUCAACAAGGGUGUUCAGCAUUACAAGGAGAACCAGCAAGAGGCGAUCGAAUACAUUUCGACCGAGCUGGACUACUCUGCGGAGGAUGCCAAGGAAUGGACUAAGACAGUUCGCUUCGCCGACGAAGUGAGGGGCGUUAACCCGGCCGUGGUGGAGAAGACAAUUGAAAUCCUGAGCAAGGCCGGGGUCCUGGAUGCCGGCAAGUGUGGCGUGGAGGAUAUGGUCGCAAUCAAGCGUGAAGAGAGGGCGGAAUAA